CGCGCGCAGGCGCCCUAUGCGUGCGUCGUCGUCGUCGAGCGAGAAAGACGAAAGCCGCAGCAGCGGCGGCAGUGGGAAAGGCUGCGCGUCCGAGUCAGAGAGAGGCCAAGAUGGCAUGGCCCCGUGACGACCCAAAUUAAAUUCGCACCCACCUGAUCUCCCCUCCCCACCUCCAUCCUCUAGCCCGCGCCCUUUCUCCUCUCCCGGGCUUCAGGCUUCAGCAGUUCACCUCCUUCACAGUUCUCGCACACACCUCCUUGCCGCGGUUGCUCGGUCCGGCGGCCAGGGCGCGGUUCUUGCUGCUCUUGGCUGGUCGAGGACCUUGUUUAGCGGAGGACAGGUAUUCCUUCCUACUUCGACCUUGAACUUCUUGGGGAUUCUUGAUGCGCCGCCGGCGGUUCUUGUGACCGGAGGCGCAGCGGAGAGGAAGUUGUCAGUUGCGGAGGAAACCGGGGUAAUGGAAGGCGAGGCGGCGGCGCGGAUACGGUUGGUGCGGUGCCCCAGGUGCGACAAGUUCUUGCCGGAGCUGCCUGCCUACUCCGUCUACAUCUGCGGCGGAUGCGGCGCCGCUCUCCAAGCAAAGAAGAAGAGCUCAGCCCAAUCUUUACAUGACACAGACAAUGGAAAUGUGAAAUACCUUGAAGUGCUGGAGUGUGUUCCAGAGACAUCUGCAACAAAACCUGGAGCUAGCACUGCUGAUAGGCCAGAAACCAGAAAAAUGGCUGAUGUACAUACCAAACCAGUUUACGGACAUCAUGAUAGCAUUGCGACUGGGCCAAGUUCCUCAAAUCUGAACACUUCUGUUAGAGAUGAUGGCAAAGAGGCAAAGUACCGACACAUUCGUGAUUGGGAGAACAGAGAAAUGGGGCAGUCAUUGAGAGUAAGAGACAUAUCCCCGAGGCCUUCAAUCAAUGGCAUUUCACCCAAUGGUUAUCAUGGAGAAGGCCUUGUUGACUAUCAUUUGAAGCAGAGGUACAGAUAUUCUACUAGGGAACGCCCCAAUGAAAGAAACCUGGAUGGUCCAAGCAGAGUCAGGGGACUUGAGAAAGACCGUGCUGAGAUUUUGAGGAUGCUUGAUGAGUUGAGAGACCAGGUGCAGCAAUCCUGCGAGGUAACUGACGGGCCAAGUGGAAGUGCACCAAUUAGUAGAGCAGCAGAUGCCUCAAGUUCAUAUGGUACUUCUGACCGGCUGAGUCAAUUGAGGCAUGAUGCACCUCAAUUGCACCGGAAUGGUUCACAUCACUCCCCAUCCUUGAAUGUGCGAAGUCCUAGCGUUCCUCGCGUUUAUGCUGCACUGCCUGCACAACAAGAUCGUGUUGGAUAUGCAGAGCCCAUUCCGCAUGCAAGAGCCUCUAGCUAUCCUGCUAGCCUCUAUCCAUGGAGAAAUUUUGAAAAUUAUUUCUUUGCACAGCAUGAUCCUGAUCCUCUCCUCUCUUGCCGUCAUGAUGGCUUCUAUCACCAAGCUGCUUGUUCUUGCAUGCAUUGUUGCCACCAAGAAUUCAUGCCUGUACAGGGAAACCACCUGGGCUUCAAUGAUCAAAGGGCUCCAUAUCUUCUGAACAGUUACGGGGUUUAUCCUGUGGACAGUCCCUUGUUUGGUCAGCAAAGACACUGCACAAGAGGCACCAAUAUCUUGUCUCAGAAUCACCCGAGGGCCAAUGUAAGCAAGAAGCCUGCACAGAGUUGUGAACCGGUUGCAGGUGGUGCCCCUUUCACCAUAUGCUACAAUUGCUACGAAGUGCUUCAGAUACCAAAGAAUCAAUCCUUGUCAGGGAAGGAGUAUAAAUUGCGAUGUGGAUCAUGCUCACAUGCAAUUCUAGUCAAGCUUGAUGGAAACAGGCUCAAUGUAUCAGAAUUUGCAGUAAGCACACAUUUAUCUGAUGGACAGGAGAAUAACAUGCGAACCAAUGUGCAAACUCCAGAUGAGAGGUCUGUUCCAGUUUAUCAUUUUUCUGAUGGGAGCCCUGUGUCUCAAGAAAAAGAUCUGCACUCAAAUUUGAGCGAGUCAGAGAACAACAAUACCCCUCUAGGAACUAAUUCUGAGGGUACUUCCCAUUCCAGGGAUCUUCCUCCUGAAGACAAUGUUGUUUCGCAGGUACCAAGCUUACCACAUCGCGAUCACUGUGAAUCAUCUCCAUCUGAACAUUCUGGAGUGGGAAGUAGAAGUACUCAUUCUGAACCUGAACCUGAAAAGGUUAUACUAUUAACUGAGAGUUGCAAGCAGAACUCAGUUAAAAAUGUAUGUGUAUCAAACAAGAUGCAAUCUCCAGACAAUGAGUUUGAUGAACCUGAAUACAUAGAAGAUGCAUUAAAUGUGCGACAUGGUACUGGCUGCAGUAGAACAAAGCCCAGUGAUUCUUUUCUCACCAAUCUAAUAAAAAGGAGCUUCAAAAUUAAUAAUGGAAUGCGCAAUGGAAGAGCAAGGGUGUAUGUAAAUGGCUUUCCUAUCUCUGAUCGUGCGGUCAGGAAGGCUGAGAAGCUUGCUGGAGCAAUCUGCCCUGGUGAUUAUUGGUAUGACUACCAUGCUGGCUUCUGGGGUGUUAUGGGGCGUCCUUGCCUUGGCAUGAUACCUCCUUAUGUUCCAGAGUUUAAUUACCCCAUGCCCAAGAACUGCGCUGGUGGAAAUACUAGCGUAUUUGUUAAUGGAAGAGAGCUUCACCAGAGGGAUUUGGAUUUGCUUGUGACUAGAGGACUCUCUGAUUCCCCUGGUAGAUCUUAUGUAGUAGACAAUUCUGGAAAGGUUUCAGAUGAAGUAUCUGGUGAAGAGCUUUAUGGCCUUGGCAAGCUUGCACCAACAGUUGAGAAAAUGGGGCGUGGAUUUGGCAUGCGAGUCCCCAGAUUCAUCCAGUGAUAGAUCAAUACAUCACAACUACAAUUCUGAACCUCAAGAAGGCAAAUCGAUGGAAAUCUUUCAGGUCUACUGUAGAUUACUCAGUUGUGAGGCUAGUUUGUUGUCUCUCUUUUCCCCUUGAUUGUAUUGAUCAUAAGCUGAGGCCUAAUUCAGUCGUACGGAGGUAUUCUUGUAAUCUUGUGACACUAGGCAAAAACAAUUUGUGCUGACGUAUUGAUUUUUGAUUGCUGGUGGACCUAAUUGCUACCCGUCAUCACAAAAGGUCCCGGAGUUGGCGCGUUAAAA